GUUCUUGAGUUUGAACAAAGCAGACACAAGCAGUUGAAGACCAGAGCGCAAACCACGCGACGCAACACUCGGCUAUUGAGACAAGGAAAGCGGAACAACUUGGACAACGUCGGGGAACCCUCUGAAGUCACUGUUAUUAGCAGAUCCGAAGAAUAACGAUGACGGUGAUGAUAUUCGCAUCCAAGAGAAAGCAGACAUUUAGCGUGUUUCUGCUAAUACUGUUGAUCAUACUGGAACAAGGAGUGGCUACUCGCAAUGACUCGAUACAACCGACAACAAAUGAAGGAACGACUACCGAACAAUUGACAACUUAUGAUUCCUUGAAUAGUACAUCAACUACAGCGUCAUGGACCUCUUCACAGCAAGCUAUUUUUACGAGUGCUACUUAUAAUUCUACGAAUCACAAUUCUACAACUGUCGACCCAGCAAAUCCUAACUCAACGAUUGCUGUACCCAAGAGAAGACCAAGGAGACCAGAUCCAUACUGUUACCACCCGGACUAUGAUUUUUACAGUUAUAUUCACAAGCCACGGGUACAAACGAUUAUUGCCUGUCAACUGAUUCUCAGUACUAUCGUAGCCGUUGCUGGCGUAUUCGGGAGUAUUCUGUCUAUAAUAGUACUUUCGCGGGAAAAACGUAAAAACACCAGUAUCAUAUUCCUAAUCGCAAUGGCAGUUUCCGACCUACUUUAUCUUUUAGUGUUUUUAGUGUUUGAACCCUUCUAUAUCGCAUACUUUUUCACAAACUUAACAAACCGUACAGAUCCGACUGUGAUGGCGUUCAUCAAGGUGCGACAACUCAUUGCAAAUCAAUUUCUUAUUAUCUUUGGACUGAUCAGUACCUGGUUGGUUGUCUGCCUGACGAUUGACCGCUUUAUCGCGAUCAGAUUCCCCUUUCUUGCUCCCACUCUCUGCACAGUGAAGUCCGCAAUCAUCGAGUUGAUAGCGAUAUGCGUCUGUGCCAUUGGAAUAUCUGUCACUAAGUUUCUUGAACUCGAUAUCAUCCUAGCAACACACCCAUGUACUCUGGAACCCAUGUAUGUAAAAGUACCAGCUGAUCUUCUCAAAAACAAAGCGUUUUCACUUGGCUACAAUGUCUUGUUCUUCGCAAUCAUACGCAAUUUUCUGCCUGUUAUUUUGGUAGUUGUACUAAAUGCCUUAUUGGUCCAUUCAUUGAGGGCCGCCACCAAGCGACGAGUGGAAAUGAGCGGUGACAAAGAGCACAAGGCAAACGACAAUAACAUCACGCUGGUGCUUAUCAUCGUAGCCACUAUGUUCCUUAUUUGUAUCAUUCCUGGAGUGAUCAUGGCUAUAUUGACCAUGUGCCAAACAUGGGAAAUGCCAUUUACACAAACAAAUCACUAUAUCAUCGUAUUAGAAAUCGUGGUUUCAAUAGGCCGUCUUUUGACUGUUAUAAAUUCAUCGUGUAACUUCUUCAUCUACUGCGCCGUGAGAAAGGGGUUCCGGGUAACGUUAACAAGGAUGAUCUGUGGAGCCGAUUCCAAGUACCUGCCGUCUACGACUUCAACUAGUAACGAUACUGUUUCUACAACAGUUCCAAAAACAACUCGUGAAAAAAACAACAAAUAACCAAUGGGGAAGCACUGAAACUAUGUGACGAUUGGUGAAUAAAGGCAUUGCAAAUCUUUCCAAAACACCCUGCCACCUUUUGCUGCAUAAAGCCAUUUAAUCAUUGCUUCGCCGACGUUACAAAAGAUGGCGGGGUUUAUGGAAAUAACUAUCGCGUCCAAAGUGCUUUGAAUUCAUUCCAAGUUUGGCAAUUCUAAAAGUAGAAAUGCUUAGAGAUGUAAUCCCGGCAUUGAUAUUCCAGAUAUGUUAUUUCUUACAUGCCCUCUAUUAUCAAAGGGUUAAAAAUAAAAACAUUCACAUUGUGGCAUUUAUCAAUCCCACACAACUUGAGAAUAUGACGAGGGAAUUACCUAGUGUAUACAGUAAAAUGCAAAGGAUAGGUAUCGAUAUGGUGA